AUGAGAGCGGUUGUGCUUGUCCUGACUCUGGCCCUUGUGGCUGGUCAAUCCCAUGACUUUGCUCCUGAUUUUGCUGCCGGUAAGACUUAUGUGUACAAGUAUGAGGCAUUGCUCCUGGGCGGUCUGCCGGAGGAAGGUUUGGCAAAAGCCGGGCUCAAAGUCAGCAGCAAAGUUUUAAUCAGUGCUGUAACCCAAAAUGUAUACAUGCUGAAGCUUGUGGACCCUGAGCUCUAUGAGUACAGUGGCAUAUGGCCUAGGGAUCCUUUAAAACCAGCAACCAAGCUAACUUCAGCCCUGGCAGCACAGUUCAUGAUUCCCAUCAAGUUUGAGUAUGACAAUGGUGUUGUGGGAAAAAUGUUCGCCCCUGAGGAAAUGUCAACAACAGUGAUGAACGUAUUCAGAGGUAUCCUGAAUAUCCUUCAGCUCAACAUCAAGAAGACACAGAACAUCUACGAGUUACAGGAGGCCGGAGCUCAGGGUGUGUGCAAGACCUUCUAUGCCCUCACUGAAGACGAAAAGGCUGAUCGCAUCCUUUUGACAAAGACCAGGGAUCUGAACAAUUGUCAGGAGAGGAUCAUGAAGGACAUAGGAACGGCAUACACUGAGAAAUGUGCAAAGUGCCAGCAGAAUUCAAAGAACCUGAGAGGAGCUACUGCAUACAGCUACAUCUUGAAGCCAGUUGCUAGUGGAAUCAUGAUCCUGGAGGCAGCUGUCAAUGAGUUGAUUCAGUUCUCACCUUUCUCUGAGAGGAAUGGAGCUGCUCAGAUGCAGACCAAGCAAUCGCUGGUCUUCCUUGAGAUUCAGAAAGCCCCUAUUGAACCCAUGGAGGCUCAGUAUCUUCACCGUGGAUCUCUAAAGUAUGAGUUUUCCACUGAGCUUCUUCAGACACCCAUUCAGCUCAUCAGGAUCAACAAUGCACAGGCCCAGAUUGUGGAGAUUCUGAAUCAUCUGGUAGCCAACAACAUGGAGAGAGUCCACGAGGAUGCCCCUCUGAAGUUUUUGGAACUCAUUCAGGUCGCCCGUGCAGCCAGCUCUGAAGACUUGGAAAUGCUCUGGAGCCAAUACAGAACCAAACCUGCCUAUAGACAGUGGCUCUUGGAUACAGUCCCUGCCAUUGGAACUCCUGUUGCUCUAAGAUUCAUCAGGGAGAAAUUCCUGAACGAUGACCUGUCUGUUGCUGAAGCGGCUCAGGCCUUAAUUGCAUCUAUUAACAUGGUGACAGCAGACACUGAGGCCAUCAGGCAGGUUGAGGCCCUGGCAGCUGACAGCAAAAUAGUGGAAAGCCCAGUUCUGCGCGAGAUCGUCCUCCUUGGCUAUGGUACCAUGGUUUCAAAACACUGUGUUGAGAAGGCCGUCUGCCCUGCUGAACUUAUAAAGCCCAUCCAGGAUCUCCUUGCAGAGGCUGUCGCUAAAGAUAAUGUCCAGGAUAUCAUCAUGAUCCUCAAGGUUUUGGGUAACGCUGGCCAUCCCGCUAGCCUUAAGCCGAUCACAAAGAUCCUGCCCAUACAUGGCACUGCAGCUGCAUCUCUGCCCAUGCGGGUCCAUGUUGGCGCCAUCAUGGCCUUGAGGAACAUUGCAAAGAAGGAACCCAGAAUGAUCCAGGAAUUGGCUCUUCAACUUUACAUGGACAAGUCUCUUCACCCAGAGCUUCGUAUGCUUGCAUGCAUUGUGCUGUUUGAGACAAGGCCUGCAAUUGGUUUGGUGACAUCUCUUGCCAACAUUGUGAAGACAGAGGAGAAUCUGCAGGUAGCAAGCUUCACUUAUACUCACAUGAAGUCCCUGACCAGGAGCACCGCCGUUAUCCAUGCCUCAGUUGCUGCAGCUUGCAAUGUCGCUAUCAAAAUUUUGAGCCCAAGGCUGGACAGACCAAGCUUACGUUUCAGCAAAGCCUUCUACAUGGACAUCUAUAACAGUCCCUUGAUGCUUGGUGCUGCUGCCAGCGCUUUCUACAUCAAUGAUGCUGCCACCAUUCUGCCCAGAUCUCUUGUGGCUAAGACCAGUGCCUACUUUGCUGGAGCUGCUGCUGAUGUUCUAGAGGUUGGAGUAAGGACUGAAGGACUUCAAGAGGCUCUUCUGAAAAACCCUGCAAUUAUUGACGAUGCUGACAGGAUGACCAAGAUGAAACGUGUCAUUAAGGCUCUCUCUGAGUGGAGGUCUCAACCUACCAGCACACCACUGGCCUCUGCUUAUGUCAAACUCUUCGGACAAGAAAUUGCCUUCGCCAACGCUGACAAAGUCUGGAUCGACCAGGCCAUUGCGCUCAUCACUGGACCCUCUGCUCAGGCAUUAGGUAACAAUGCCGUCAAGGCUCUGCUGUCUGGGGUUUCCUUCCACUUAGCUAAGUCUCUGCUGGCCUCUGAGGUGAGGCGUAUCCUGCCUACUGCUGCCGGUCUUCCAAUGGAGCUCAGUCUGUACACUGCUGCUGUGGCUGCUGCAGAUGUUCAAGUCAAAGCCACCGCAACACCAGCUUUGCCAGAAAACUUCCAUCUUGCUCACCUUCUGAAGUCAGACAUUCAAAUUGAGAGUGACAUCAGACCAAGUGUUGCUGUGAAUACAUUUGCUGUGAUGGGAGUAAACACCGCCAUAGUCCAGGCUGCUGUGUUAGCAAGAGCUAAAUUCAACUCCGUUAUGCCAGCCAAAAUCGCUGCAAGACUUCACAUCAGUGAGGGCCACUUUAGGAUCGAAGCUCUGCCUGUUUCUGUGCCUGAACACGUUGCAGCUGUGCAGGUUGAGACUUUUGCUGUGGUAAGAAAUAUUGAGGAUCUUGCUGGUGCAAGAAUGACUCCCAUGAUCCCUGCCAAAGUCUUGGAGCACGUCUCACGUGAGACUGCGUCAUCUGCUGCUAGUUCAUCAAUAUCCUCAGAGAUCACUCACCAAGAUGCAGCAGCUGCCAGGCCCAUUAUACAACGCAGAGUAGCUAAAUUUGAGAAGAAGUUCUGUGCUAAAGCUGUUGCCAUUGGAGUUAGGGGUUGUUUCAUGGUUACCACUGAAAACGCUAAUUUCAUCAGGGACAUUGCACUGUACAAACUGGCUGGAAGGCACUCUGUUGCUCUUUCUAUCAAACAAAUUGAAGAUGAUGCCAUUGAAAGACUCCAGGUGGAGGUUCAAGUUGGACCAAAGGCUGCAGAGAAGCUCAUCAAACAGAUUAACCUAAACGAAGAAGUUGUUGAGGGAAGACCAGUCUUGAUGAAGCUCAAGAAAAUCCUGGCUCCUCGUUUGAAGAAUGCCACCUCCUCCUCCUCCUCCUCUAGCUCAAGACAGAGUUCCAGUUCCUCUUCUGCCUCUUCCAGCUCCUCGUCUUCCUCUUCCAAAUCCUCUUCUGCCUCUUCCCGCUCCAGCUCUGCAUCUAACCUUGAGUUGCUCUUCAGAGCUAGCUCUAGCUCUGAAGAGCAACUCAAUUUGCUCUUCAGAGCUAGCUCAAGUUCCUCUAGCCUACUCUUGCUCUUCAGAGCUAGCUCAAGUUCCUCUAGCUCUACUGCUCGUCAGCAAGUGCUUCAUAGCCCCAGGUUCCAGAAGAACAAUAGGAAGCAGCCUCACACCUCUCGAGCCACCGCAACAGCCGUUUCCAGAAGCAGAAGCAGUGACUCAAGCUUUGAAGCCAUCUACAGAAAGAACAUAUUCCUUGGCAAUGAAGUUGACCCUAACAUUGCCAUCAUCUUCAGCGCUAUCAGAGCUGACAAAAAGAUGCAGGGAUACCAAAUGGGAGUCUACUUGGACAAAGCGACUGCCAGACUUCAGAUUAUAAUGGCUGCCUUGGCCGCCGAUGACAACUGGAAGUUAUGCGCUGAUGGAGUUCUGCUUAGCAUGCAAAAAGUCACAGCUAAAGUCGCCUGGGGAGCAGAAUGUAAGCAGUACGACACCAUGAUCACAGCCGAGACUGGUCUUGUUGGUCCGAGCCCUGCAGCUCGCCUCAAAGUGACCUGGGAUAAAGUACCCUCUUCCUUCAGACGCUAUGCACACAGGGCGUAUAACUACAUUCCUGCUUCCGUGAUGGCUGGCUUGAUUAAAGGAAAGGAUGAAAACAGAGCCAAGCAGCUUUCACUUACAGUGGUUGCCAUAUCGGACAGGACCCUUGACGUCAUUUUGAAAAUUCCAGUAAAUACUGUGUAUAAGAUGGCUUUGCAUCUUCCCAUUGCUCUGCCACUUGAUGGAAUCACAGGUCUCACCCCCUUCGAUGACAUUGCUGAUAAAGUCCAUUACUUGUUUGCAAAGGCUGGCGCAGCUGAAUGUAGCUUCAACAAAAACAUACUGACCACAUUCAACGGCAGGAAAUACAAGAACGAGAUGCCGUUGUCUUGCUACCAAGUUCUGGCACAGGAUUGCACAGAUGAGCUGAAAUUCAUGGUUCUGCUGAAGAAGGAUCACAUUGAACAAAACCAAAUCAAUGUGAAACUUGCUAAUAUAGAUAUUGAUCUGUACCCGAAGAAUAGUGACGUGAUGGUGAAAGUCAAUGGAAUGGACAUACCCAUCAACAACCUGCCAUACCAGCACCCCACAGCUAACAUCCAGAUCAGGCAAAAUGGUGCAGGCAUCUCUGUGUACGCUCCCAGCCAUGGUCUUGUUGAGGUCUACUUAGACAGGAACUCAUUUAUGGUUAAAGUUGUGGACUGGAUGAAGGGACAGACCUGUGGACUCUGUGGAAGGGCUGAUGGGGAAUUCAGACAGGAGUACCGCACACCCAACGGACGAGUGACCAAGAGUGCAGUCAGCUACGCUCAUUCCUGGGUUCUGCCAGCUGAGAGCUGCAGGGACUCCACUGAGUGCCGUAUGAAGCAUGAAACUGUGAAACUGGAGAAGCAGGUUAACGUCCAUGGCCAGGACUCCAAAUGCUACUCUGUCGAGCCUGUGCUGCGCUGCCUGCCCGGCUGCUUCCCUGUGAAGACCACCUCCGUCACUGUUGGCUUCCACUGCCUGCCUGCUGGUUCUGCCCUGAAUCGCCUCAACAGUCAGAGCAGCACCUACGAUAACAGCGUGGACAUGAGGGACGCAGCAGAAGCCCACCUAGCCUGCAGCUGCACCACUCAGUGCGCUUAAUGACACUCACAUCAUGUGUACAUGUUGAACGUAAUUUUGAAUACAAACAAAUUCAUAAAGUUAUUUUCAAUUAUGGCAACUUCAUAAAGCAUUACUUAAAGGAAAAACGCACAACAUUAUGAUAAAUAUCCCUCCAUCCUGAGCUUGGCUGAAUUUUGGUGAUGUGAGAAUGGUCAGACCACAUUAUAAUAAUGUUGAGAUGUUGCUUUUGUGAACAACUGAAACUGUUGCUUUUUGCUUUUAAUGUAACUGUUUUAUACCAUUAUUGCUAAAUAAAUAAAAAUGUCAAUGUUGCAAAGAAUUCAA